AUGGGUCAGAUUCAAAGCGAUGAAGAUAAAGAAGUGGAACUAUCAGACAUCCAGCCUCUUUAUACCAAGUUCAUGAGAGAGUGCCCAAGUGGAGCCCUGCAUCUUCACGAAUUCCGCAAGAUCUUCGGGAUUCAGAGCACAUCAGAAGACGAGGCUUUGUACAUAGAAACCCUCUUCAAAUCUUUUGACACAAACAGGGAUGAUGUUAUAGACUUCAUGGAAUUUGUAGCAGCCGUCCACCUGGUUCUGAGAGGCAAACUGGAGGACAGACUGAAAUGGUCUUUUAAAGUUUACGACAAAGAUGACAACGGAAAAUUGGACAGGCAAGAGGUCAAACGUGUUAUAAAGAUUAUUUGCCAACUUCAGAGAAACCACAUCAACAUGACACCCGGUGACAUUUGCGACAGGAUAUUUGAACAUUUGGAUGAAAACAAAGAUGGUCAAAUUUCCCUGUCAGAGUUCAUGGAAGGGGCGAAAAAAGAUGCCUCGAUUAUGGACCUCUUAAAACUGGACACUAAUGCACGUGGCUGGUUCAGGAAAAACUGGGCGAAAAAAACAGAGUUUUCAUGAGUUCAAGGCCCAUGGACCUCUUACAGUCUUUCAAAUGUUGGUGACUGCAAAUGGGAGAGACCUGGUAUGGAGGUCAGAAAAUAUUUGCCUUCUGUCACAAGUGACGUGUGUGCCUCACCAUUGAGCUCAUUGAUGUUCAACCAACUCACAUUUCCUUCUUCGUCUGGUGCUAAAACUGAUAUAAGAGCGUGAAUCGUAUUUUUAUAGAGGGAACUAUAAUCAUGUUCUGCAGUAAAUUUUACUAUAUAACCCAUUUGUAUCCUUUGUAAUUAAGAAGCAUUUUUUUUUUUUAUUUCACAAUUAUGUUAUUAUUCAGGC